UCCGACAAAGAGAAGCGAUAAUAAAAUAAAUAAACGUAAAUAACAAAAUCUGAUUCGUCCGGCGACAAGCAAAGGAAGGCGGUUCCAACUUUGAUCCACCAACAACCUCCUCAUCUUCAACCUCUCGUCAUCAUCAUCAGGCACUCUAUUAUCACUUAACUUGUUAAUGGAGUUAAAGAGCAUUAAGGAUGCGUUUGAUCGCGUUGCGAACAAGCAGAAACUCUCAUACACCAAAACACAAGAGAUCAUUCAGAUGCUUUCUCAAGAACUCGACAAGGCGUUGAUCUUAUUACAGGAACAGUUCGAUCACAGACCCAUCCUUGCUUCUCUGAAGAAAACUUUACAAGAGAACUCUCCACUCACUCAAAUCGAAGUUAGGGAGAAAGAACUCAACAUGGCUCUCACCAAGUACCCUAAAGUCCUCGAGAAGCAGCAGCUCAACUCCGACAUAUCAAAGGCUUACAGACACAACGUCGAGUUCGACACCCAUGUCGUGAACCAGAUAAUAGCCAACUUCUUCUACCGUCAAGGGAUGUUCGACGUCGGCGACUGUUUCCUCGCCGAGACCGGCGACGAAUCCGAGUGUUCCACGAGACGUUCUUUCGUCGAAAUGCACCAAAUUGUGGAAGCUAUGGAGAUGAGGAGAGAGCUUGGACCAGCUCUCAACUGGGCGACCUCGAACUCUGAGAAGCUAAGGCAAGCACGGUCCGAUUUAGAGAUGAAGCUUCACAGCUUACGCUUCCUGGAGAUAGCCAGAGACCAAACCUCACAAGAAGCGAUCAACUACGCGAGAAAACACAUGGCGGGAUUCGCAGAUAGCUCCCUUUACGAGAUCCAGAAGCUCAUUUGCUCUCUCUUAUGGAGCAGAAACCUCGAACACUCUCCCUACUCGGAUCUCCUCGCUCCUUCUCGAUGGAACGAUGCGGUGAGAGAGUUGACGAGACAGUACUGCAACCUCCUCGGCGAAUCAUCUGAGAGCGCGUUGAGUACAACGGUAGCUGCGGGGACGCAGGCUUUGCCUGUGCUGUUGAAGUACAUGAACGUGAUGGUGGCGGCGAGCAAGAAGCUCGAUUGGCAGAGCGUGGAGCAGCUUCCUGUGGCUGUUGAGCUGUCUGAGGAGUUUCAGUUCCGCUCGGUGUUUGUGUGUCCUGUCUCCAAGGAACAGGCGAGCGAUGAGAAUCCUCCGAUGAUGAUGUCUUGUGGUCACGUGCUGUGUAAGCAGACUAUCAACAAGAUGUCCAAGAAUGGUGCUAGGUCUUCUUUCAAGUGUCCUUAUUGUCCCACCGAUGUUGACAUCUCAAAGUGUAGGCAGUUGCAUUUCUAAAACGUGUUUUGUGUUUGUUCAAACUUUACAUUUCCGUAAUUAUAUUAUAAUGUUGCAAAACAUGUUAAACAUCUCUCUUUUAGUUUUAUUAUAUGGUUUUAAUCCAAUCUAUUAAUAUUACAUA